AUGAAAUUGUCUGUUCUCCUUUCUGCCUCAAUGGUAGCUGCUGCUCCUGCGUUUAUUAUUGAGACUCCAAGCAACUCCACUUCAAUUGAAAGCUUCUUCGUUUUUGAUCCUACUUGGAAUCAGGACUUUGAAAUUCACGAGUCAUGUAACCACACUCAGGUGAAUCAAUUGAAUCAGGCUUUUGCAGAAACCAAAAUAUUGGCUCAACAAGCUAAAGACCACACUCUCCGUUAUGGUAACUCCUCCGAGAUCUACCGGAGGUACUUUGGCAAUGCUCCAACUGGCGAGGUCGUUGGUAUCUACGAGAACGUGAUCUCUGCCAAUAAAACAGGAGUCUUGUUUAGAUGUGACGACAUCGAUGGAAAUUGUAAAUUGGAUGGCUGGGCUGGUCAUUGGAGAGGAGAGAACGGUACAGAUGAGACCGUGAUCUGUGAUUUAUCUUACACCAGCAGAUUAUUCUUGUCUCAGGUUUGUUCUAGGGGCUAUACCGUUGCAGGAUCCAAGAAUAGCGUCUACUGGGCUGGUGACUUGCUUCACCGCAUCUGGCACACUGACAAGAUUGGCCAGGGUGUUGUUGGCCACUACGCUGAUACUUUCGAAGAAUGUUUGGAGCUUGGUGAGCAUAACCAGACAUUGGCUGUUAGAAAUUCCGCAACUUUGAGAUACUAUGCGUUGGAUGUCUAUGCCUUCGAAGUUGCAGAGCCUGGUGUUGGAUGCACUGGUGACCUUCCUGAGGGCCACGAUGAGAGCGAUGAGAGUGACAGCUCCAGUGAGGUUGCAAGCCCUGCUACUGCCACUGCAACUGAAUCAGAAGAGCCUGAAGCAGCUCAUGGUGGUACUGAAUGCCAUACACAUGCAAAUGGUGAGACGCAUUGUGUUUAA